AUGAUUCAUCUCGAUCACAAUCACCCCGCCUCGAUUCCCGGCCCUGCCAACCCACAAAACCUCGCCCUCUCGUCCCCCCACGCCGAUCAGCACCGAAUCCCGUCCUGGUCCUCCCCCUCCCGUGACGCCAGGCCGUUCCUUCCGGACUCCCAGGGACAUCCUUUUCUGACAACUCCCACCCCGGACCCAAACCCCAACCCCGACACAAGUGCAGACCCUGCCCCCGACGCCUCUGCCGACGCCCCCGCCCCCGCCCCCGCCCUCGACGCUGACGAGCCCCCCGUGCCCCAGCAGUCGUCUCCCGACCACCCAGGGGGCCCCUCCCCGCCUGCAGACAGCUCCUCCUCGCUCACGCCCCCUCCGGAUGCGACCACACCCCACCGCUCCAUGGACGCCCCCGAAGACCAGGAUGUCGCGGACAAGACCUCCCGCCAGUCCACGCCCCUCAGCGACCUCUCUUCCCCACCCGAGACCGCCCCCGACGAGAACGACACCCCGAAUGGCGCGCCGGAGAGCGUCGCGAGCGACGCCGGCGUGGCCGACGCGAAGUAUGCUGCGAAGGACGGCGCCAGCUCACCGGCGCGCGCGGCGUUUGCUACCGUGAAGCCCGAACCGAUGAGCAACCACCAGAGGCACGCUGGCGAAGGCCCGCUCGUCCCCAAAAGAGAGCCGUCCUUGGAUGGAAAGGCCGCGAAGCCUGACCCGAAGGUGGUGGCGAUAUUGGAGCUUAACUCCUUGUUGUUGGGCGUCACGAUGGAGAUGCAAAUGCGAGGAGUGACCAUGACGGAUGCUACCUUUCACCAGUAUUCAUCGCGUCUGCAGUCGAAUCUCACAUGGCUUGCCGCCGCCGCCGAUGAGACCCAUAAAACUAAUCCCCUUUCUGCAUCUACCCCCGUCCUACAACCUCCACCCAUCGUUGAGCACGCCGACAUGGAGCGCAUUGUCAAGUUGUAUCGCGAGCUGCCUACCGUCUUCGCCAAGGAAAUCGCUCGCCGGACAGCUGCCAGUGAAACCUUCAAUGGCAAUGCGAAGCGGGAGAGGCCCGACGAGAACGUGCUGGACCGUCAGGCCAGCAUACACAAGCGUCGCGACACCGGAGAGUCAAAACAUUUCGCCACCCCAGGUGCCGGCCCGUCCACGCCUAUCCCUCCCUCGCAGCCGAUGUUGCAGAUGGGGAAUGUCGCCGGCAUGCGCAUGGGCAGUCCAUCCAUGCCGCCCCCUCCCGUACCAUCAAGCGUGAUGUCCCCGCCGUCAAACAUGAACCCGGGCAUGAAUCCUGGCAUGAACUCCGGGAUGGCGAUGCCAAGUCUAGGAGACCAGCCUGGCAUGGCGAUGCAAAACCCGGGCCAAAAUCCGAUGGUGCAGCAGUUCUUCCAGAUAUUGAACACGCCAAACCAUCCGUUCCUGCAGCUGCUGAUACAGCAAAUCCCGAACUUUCAGUCAUUACCAAUGCAGGAAAAGCUCCAGAAGAUGCACAUGGCGCAGCACAUGAUCCGGCAACAGCGAUCUGCGUCGCAGGGUCAAGGCAGCGGUUCCAUGGGCAAUUUCCCAAUGCAAGCAGUCUUUCCCACAAGGCAGCGGUCAUCCAACGACCCACGAUCGAUGAUGACACCCCAGCAACAGCAGAUGCUGCAGCAAAUGAACCCACAACAACGCCAGCUCUUCCUCUUGCAACAGCAAUGA